UAAGAAACGUUUUCCUUGUUCGCCACUAGAGUGCAGCUUGACUGAUCUUCCAUCCCAGACCGAAAACAGUAGCAAUGGCUCAUUCGGUGAGACAGCAAUUAAACCAGUUGGCCAGCAUGUCCCAUUCGGGGACUUCUCAUAAGGAUGUCACCGAAAGGUACAAGGCCAUACUGGAGUCCAUUAUAAAGAUAGAGGGAGAGGAUCUGAUACCUUCAUUACAUACUUUUGUGGAUGCACUUGUCAACGAGAACAUCAGUUUGGUAAUUUCUAGACAGAUUCUCACAGAUUUUUGUAACCACCUCACCAAAUUACCUGACCCAACAGCUAAAGAUGUGGCUAAGUUCACCUUGGAGAGAGUAUAUACCAGAGUUAUUUCUUUUGAAGAACAAGUUGCUUCGAUCAGACAACACUUGGCCAACAUCUACGAGAGAGAGAAGAUAUGGGCAGAAGCAGCCCAGGUACUAGUUGGGAUACCACUGGAAACCGGACAGAAACAAUACUCUACCGACUACAAACUCAAGACCUACCUGAAGAUUGCCCGUCUUUACCUGGAGAACGAGGACCCUGUCCAAGCAGAGGCCUACAUCAACAGGGCAUCCCUCCUGCAGGCUGAUUCACAGAACGAGGAAUUACAGAUUCGUUAUAAGGACUGCUAUGCUCGAGUUCUGGAUUACCGUAGGAAAUUUAUUGAAGCCGCCCAGCGAUAUAACGAACUAUCAUCCAUCAUUACCGAGAGCGAGAGAAUGAAUGCUCUGAAAAAGGCCCUCAUUUGUACCAUCCUGGCUUCUGCAGGUCAACAGAGGUCGCGCAUGUUGGCCACAUUGUUUAAAGAUGAGCGUUGUCAACGGUUACCUGCAUAUAACAUACUGGAGAAAAUGUACUUGGACCGUAUCAUCCGAAGCAAUGACCUCCAAGAGUUUUCUGAAAUGCUGCAACAACACCAGAAAGCCAUAACUGCUGAUGGCUCCACGAUCCUUGACCGUGCUGUCAUAGAACACAACCUGCUGUCAGCCAGUAAGCUAUACAACAACAUAUCAUUCACAGAGCUAGGGGCCUUGCUGGAGAUUGAACCACUGAAGGCUGAGAAAAUAGCUUCCCAGAUGAUAACCGAAGGACGUAUGUCUGGAUCAGUUGACCAGAUAGCAUCAAUUGUACAUUUUGAAACCCAUGAAGCCCUUCCGAACUGGGACAAGCAAAUCCAGAGCCUUUGUGUCCAGGUGAACCUCAUUAUCGAGCGUAUAUCGGAGAAGGAGCCCAACUGGAUGAUGAAGUACAUGUGAAGUGACCACCUGGGUAGAUUGGUAGAGGGGGGUGGGGUGGCUUGACAGGAGUGU